GAUCGUAGUUGGCAAUCUGAUUGGGGAUGACGAACCUUAGUUCCCGCGAAACCUAAUUCGCAGUGCUCUGUUUCCUUGUUACUGGAGCUCUUGUUUGAGACCUCGAAUUUGAGCUGUUUCGAGAAGAUCAUUACAGAUUAGCAGUUAAUUUCAAGUACUCCUGAGUUUGGGUUCAUUUUCAUAGCACUUGGUAAUAUAAUAUUUUCUAUUUUUAUUUGGUUAAUAGACUGAACAAUGAUUAAGUAUUCUUUAAUAGUGUAGACGGGUGAGUCUUGAAGAUUACUGAUGCAUGUGAAAAUAGCUAUAGAAGUGAAAGAUAUGGACUCUGUUCAUAUGGUCUGAAUCUGUUUACUUCUGUUUCAAGUGACUUUGUUCGGCAUGCUCAAACAAAUUUUCAUUUGUAUUUGAACCCUUUUGAAAAUGGUAAGUUAAUGAAAAAUUAACUGAUAUAAAAGAUUAUAGGGUUAGUAGGCAUUGGUGAUAGAAAGGUAAGGACGUUAAUGUUGGAAUCCCUCACACUUGGUUGUGCUUGUUUGAAAUUCGUUCAUUUUGUAAUUUUGGAAUCCUGGAUGAACCAAGACCAUGCUAGAUACUUGCAUGUGUUUUUUAGAUGGGAAUUUUAAUAAGUGGAGUUAAAUUUUCUAUUUUAUAAUUCCUAGUUAGCUUAUAAUUCCUCUUAUGUCUGACUUUUCCAUAGGGAUUUUAACUCUUGUUUUCUUUUUGGGCUGCUAGCUCCUUUGAUCCACCGAAAAAUUAGUUGCUCUUCAUUUUGUUUGUUGUUGAAAAUGGGGCGAAAUAGCUGCUUGAUCAUUUGUAUAUCAUUAGAGCUUUAAUCUUUGCAUUUGGGUUUUGCAAUUGCUUCAGAAAAUUGGUGUUGGGUUGUCUUUCAAACACUAAAAUUACUGAUCUAUGUGCAUACUUGUCCAGUUGUCCUUAUCAUUCAAAGUGCAGUGUUUAAAACUCUCUAUCUGCUUUCUGGAUUUGUUUGGAUUUAAAACUUUUUCUCUUUUAAUUUGAUGGUUGCAUUUAGUACAAGUAUUACGUUUCCAUCUAAAUUCUGGACUACUUACUAAUCUUGAUGCUUAUUUUUCCUUUGCAGUGCAAGAGUUGCUCUAUUUUUAUUUUUAUUUGUUUGGAUUUUUUAGAUUUUAUUAUUUUUACAUUUUAGAGGUUCUUUCUUGUGAUUUUCCUUUUAAAAAAAAUAGAUAGUUCAACCUGUUUAACCCACCAACUUAGAGAUUGAACUGGAUUGACUUGCACACUAUUAUAAUAGACAAGUUGGUUUGUUUUGUUAAGAGUUCAGCCCAUGGUGAGUUGGCCCAUUUUGACAAUUCUACCCACAGUUGGGUUACUUUUUGUAUAUUUUUAACUAUUAACUUUACACUAAAUAAUUGGUGAGCGGUAUAUAUUAGGGUAACAAGAUUAUGACCAAUUACUACUUUGAUAAUUAAUUAAUAUCACAUUGACAAUAUGACGUGUCUUGUUUUCUAGUUAUUUGUUAAUGUAAAUUUAAUGUGUAAAAAUCAUGUACCAAUUGUUUUAAAGUAUUUUUUUAUUUUUUUUUUGUAAAUUCUCAGUUUUAGGGUUUCCUCUUUUAUAUAUUUGGGUAGUAGUCACUGCAGGGAAAGAGAAGAGAGGUUUAACAGCAAAGCAAUGGCAAGUGCAUUGGGUAGCAGAGUUGAAACUGUUCGAAACUCUCCCUUAUUAAAGUUUUCACUCAACUUCAUGAGAGUCCUCAGCUCUUCUCCUUCUCCUUCUGCUGCUACUUCUGCUGAGAAUCCUAAGAAAUCGAAGCGAAGAAAGAAGAAGAACUUGUUUGAGGUGGCUCAGUUCUUACCUAACUGGGGACUGGGCUACCACAUGGCCAAGAAGCACUGGAAUGAAGUUUCUUACGAAAUCACUAAAAUCAAUCUCUAUAAGGGUGGAAGACAUGGAAAAGCAUGGGGGAUUGCUUAUAAAAAUGGCUUGCCAGCAGCAGAUGCUCCAAAAAAAAUCAGUGGAGUUCACAAGCGUUGUUGGAGGUACCUACCAAAUGUAGUAAAAGCAUCAGAAAGCUCAACAAACUUGACAAGUUCAUCAGACAGUGGCAUAAAAGUUGAAACUCAAGCAAGUUGACGCUUUCUAGUGACUUUGGGUUUUUCAGGUUAUCGACAUUAUCCCAUGUCUUAGAGUUGAUUUUCAACUGGCAUAGUUGUUUUCGACUAUGGUAGCAUUUUUUAGUCAAUCAUGAAAUACUCCUUGCGCAUUCAUGCAAGGAUGUUAACAUUUCUUUAAUUUCUUAAUUAAAUGAACUACCAACCAUGAAACGUGCUUUGAGACAGUAAUCUGGAUGGAUUUAUUUCUUUUUUCU